AUGUCUCAGACAGCUCUGAUCACUGGCGCAACAGGCCUCCUCGGCAGGGAGGUACUGAAAGCUUUCAAACGUGCUGGUUGGUUGACGGUCGGGCAGGGAUUCACGAGAGCAGCGCCGCCGACGAUCUUGAAGGCGAAUUUGGAGGAGCCAGACGAGAUUAAGAAGCUGCUGGAUGAGGUGAAAGACACAGAUUGGAUCCACGCUGACAAGGACAAGCAUAGGCCGCAGGUAGUAGUCCAUUGCGCUGCAAACCGCUCUCCUGAUGCGUGCGAGAAAAACCCCGAACAAGCACAACGGAUCAAUGUCGAAGCUACCCGUGUCCUCACAGAGGAAACCUCUUCGCGAGGUGCUCUUCUCAUCUACAUCUCGACCGACUACGUCUUCCCGGGCGUCGAAGGCGAAGCACCGUACGAAGCGUCCGCACCAACUGGGCCCACGAACCGAUACGGCGAGAUGAAGCGCGACGGCGAGAUCGCCACCCUCGAAGCGACGCGCGACAGCGGCCUCGGGGUUGUUCUUCGCGUGCCACUCCUCUACGGCCCUGCAGAGAAGAACAGCGAGAGCGCCGUGAACGUGCUGCUGGACGCCGUCGAGAAGGCGCGGGACCCCAAUGCCGGCGUGAAGGUGGACGACUGGGCACAGCGGUACCCGACGAACACGGAGGACGUAGGCAGGGUGUGCAACGACAUCGCGGUGCGGUACAUCCGGCAAAAGGACCAGAUCAAGUCGCUGCCCAAGAUCCUGCAGUUCUCGUCCGAGGAUCGAAUGACCAAGUACGAAAUCUGCGAGAAAUUCGCCCAGAUCCUGGCGGUGCCGAUUCCCGGAAUGAUCCGGAACCAGGAGGGGAACGACCCCAAUUCGCCAGUCAAGCGACCUUUCAAUACGAAGUUAUCAACGAAGGAGCUGCAGGAUCUAGGGAUCAAUAUCCAGACGCAGAACUUUGAGACUUGGUGGUGA